AUGACGAGCCCAGUGCCUCCAUGCAGGGCGAUUUCGGUCAGAAAGCUUGCAUCUUUAGGGGCUUCCUUGGUUUCGAGACCCCACCCACGACCCGAUGCUCGACUAGUGAAAACGGGUUUCGACCCGAACAUUUCCCGCUUCAAUUUCCAGGUCAAGGAGUUGCUGAACAGAGGCGACCUUGCUCGAGCCCGACAACUGUUCGAUCAAAUGCCUCACACGAAUACUGUCACUGCGAACAUGAUGAUUUCUGGGUACGUGAAUUCAGGUAACGUUCAACUAGCUAGGCUACUGUUUGAAGAGACAGCGGAACGCACUGCCAUCACGUGGACCAUCUUGAUUGGCGGCUACUCGCACGGUGGUCGGUUUGAAGAGGCCUUCCAUCUCUUCGUCGAGAUGUGCAGGUUCGGGACUGAACCUGAUCACGUCACCUUUGCGACUCUGUUAUCGGGAUAUGAUGGUGGAGGAACGGUGAGGAGCAGCGAACCGGAUCAGCUUCAUGCCUACGUUGUAAAACUGGGACUCGAUUCCACCGCUAUAGUCUGUAACUCCUUGGUCGACUCUUAUUGCAAGACAGGCCGCGUUGAUUCUGCUCGCCAGCUGUUCGAAGAAAUGCCUCAAAGGGAUACCGUCAGCUUCAAUGCGUUGAUGACAGGGUAUGUGAAACAUGGACGGAACGAAGAGGUAGUAAAGCUUCUCGCAGAAAUGAUGAAUUCAGACAUCACCCCCUCGGAUUUCACUUUCGCGGCAGUUAUCGCCGCAGGGGUUGGCUUAGAUGACAUAGCAUUCUGUCAGCAAGUUCAUGCCAUGACGACGAAGACCAGUUUCGUUCUCGACGUGUUCGUGGGGAAUGCACUGCUAGAUCUUUACUCCAAACUCGACUGUGUAUCCGAAGCUUCAAAGCUCUUCUACGAGAUGCCAGAACCAGAUGGAGUCUCCUACAAUGUGUUAAUCACAGCUUUCGCCUGGGUUGGGCAAUUCAGAGAAUCUAUUAACCUCUUCAGGGAGCUCCAAUAUACAAGAUUUGAUCGUAAGAAAUUCCCUUUCUCGACCAUGUUCAGCAUAGCUUCCAACAAACUCGACCUCCAAAUGGGCCACCAGCUCCACUCUCAGUCUAUCGUUACAGGAGCCAUCUCGGAUGCCCAAGCAGCUAACUCAUUGGUCGACAUGUACGCCAAGUGUGGCGAAUUUGAGAAAGCUCGAAUAACAUUUGCUCAGCUCUCCGAUAAAACCACAGUUCCAUGGACUGCCAUGAUCUCAGCAAACGUCCAGAAAGGACUCCUAGAGGAGAGCCUUAAGCUCUUCAAUGAGAUGCUUAAAGAUGGCAUGAGCCCUGACCAAGCGACUUUUGCUAGUGUCCUGAAGGCCUCUGCAAGCUUGGCUUCAAUCUCAGUUGGGAAACAACUGCACUGCUCCACUGUCAGGACGGGUUUUCUAUCAAAUGUUUACUGUGGAAGUGCCCUAGUAGACAUGUAUGCAAAAUGUGGAUCGAUCAGAGAUGCAGUGAGAUGCUUUGAAGAGAUGCCGCAGAAGAACGUGGUCUCGUGGAAUGCUAUAAUCUCAGGUUAUGCACAUGAUGGGAAUGGCGUGGCAACUCUCAAAUCUUUCGAGAACAUGGUUGCCUCAGGUUGCAACCCUGAUUCAGUUAGCUUCUUGAGUGUUCUAUCUGCCUGCAGCCACUCUGGCCUGGUAGAAGACGGGUUUCGGUGCUUCAGAUCCAUGAUAAAUGUGUAUAAACUAAUUCCCAAGAGAGAGCACUAUACUUCAAUGAUCGAUCUAUUGUGCAGGCGCGGGAGGUUUGGAGAAGCAGAGGAAUUGAUUAACGAAAUGCCAUUCGAGCCAGACCAGGUUUUACUGUCAUCAGUUCUAAACUCAUGCAGGAUUCACAAGAACCCCAAGUUGGCGACCAGAACAGCAAAGAAGCUAUUUGGUAUGGAAACCCUAAAAGACGGAGCACCAUAUGUGGCCAUGUCGAACAUAUUAGCAGCAGAAGGACGAUGGGAAGAAGUUGCAAAUGUCAAGAAGGCAAUGAGGGAACGAGGAGUCCACAAGGUUCCAGCUUAUAGUUGGGUUGAGAUAAAACACAAGGUACAUGUGUUCUCAUCAAACGACAAGAGCCAUCCCCAGAUCACAGAGAUAAUCCGAAAAAUAGACCAAUGGGCAGAGGAAAUGGAGAGAGAAGGUUAUCUACCUGACACGAGCUGUGCAUUGCAUGAUGUGGAAGAAGAGAUCAAAGUCGAGUCCCUUAAGUACCACAGUGAGCGCCUGGCAAUAGCUUUCUCCCUGAUCCACACGCCAGAAGGAUGGCCAAUCGUAGUGAUGAAGAACCUGAGAGCUUGUGCUGAUUGCCAUGCUGCCAUCAAGGUGAUCUCCAAGAUCGUUAGCAGGGAAAUCACAGUUAGGGAUUCGAGCAGGUUCCACCGUUUCAGAGACGGGUUCUGCUCCUGUGGUGAUUACUGGUAA